CCUCCUCCACAAGAAAGUUCUCUCCGAUUACGCACCUAACUCGGCCAAGAUAGACCAGCGAUGAUUCGCGCGGCUCACGUCUUUGAGGCGUGGCUUUCAUGAUCCUUCCGAAGCGAUUUAGCAGGUGGGACAAUUUGAUUUCCAGCAAUCCUGCCGUCGCUCCGUCCGAAAGCGCCGCUCAACUCGGACACACCCCGUCUCGUCUUACCGCGGGGCGUCAGCAACAGCAAACCAAGCAAAAGCAACACGACCGUAUCCCCAGUCAAAACUAAAAGCAGCUGAGAAAGCGAAUGACAACCUUACCCAAAGCAACCCUAUGGGAAUUCCUCCUCCUGCUUGCACGCCCACACACUCUUUCUCUUCCUGCGCUAGUGCGGGAGAGAGAGGUGUCAAUCAUUUCGGAACCACGCGAAGAUAUAUCCGCAAGUUCCUUGGGAUUCGCCAUGCCAAGGUUCGUUUUUAUGCCACACACACACCCUACCAUGAAUCUACCUAUGAUGGACUGGAAAGCCCAGACCCCUAUUGCCUCUCUAUCUGAUUCUACUUCUGCCUACACGGUACGGUCUUACCUACACCGUGUAUGUCUGUGCAUGUGACCUCUGGGGUUUUUGGGUCGAUGUCCGCUAUGUUGGCCACUGUACUGGGUAGAUUGCGUGUGUAAUCGGAC